UCACAGAAAAUAUAACUGGAUGAAAUGAGCCAACAGAACUUAACAAUGCUGCCUGAAUUCAUUCUGGUAGGAGUCACAAGGGUGCCUGAGCUGCAGCUUCCACUUUUUGGGGUUUUCCUAAUUAUCUACACAAUCACAGUGCUGGGCAACCUGGGCUUGAUCCUUUUGACCAAACUGGACUCCCACCUAUACAUACCUAUGCAUUUCUUUAUCAGACAUCUGGCUUUCAUUGAUCUUGGCAAUUCCACUGUCAUUUGUCCUAAGAUGUUAGUAAAUUUCAUUGUUGAUCAAAAUACCAUUUCUUAUUAUGCUUGUGCUACACAGUUAGCUUUCUUCCUUAUGUUUAUUAUCAGUGAAUUUUUCAUUUUAUCUUCCAUGGCUUAUGACCGUUAUGUGGCCAUCUGUAACCCUCUGCUCUACAAUGUUAUCAUGUCUCAGAGACUUUGUCAUGUGCUGGUGGGCAUUCCAUACCUCUACAGUGCCUUUCAGGCUCUGAUGUUCACUAUUAAGAUUUUUACAUUGACCUUCUGUGGUUUUAAUGUCAUCAGCCAUUUCUACUGUGAUGAUGUUCCUUUGUUACCUAUGCUGUGCUCAAAUGCUCAGGAAAUAGGAUUAUUGAUUAUAUUAUUUUCAGGAUUUAAUUUGAUCUCGUCCCUUCUGGUAGUGCUCAUAUCUUAUGUUCUGAUUCUGUUAGCAAUAUGUCGAAUGCAUUCUGCAGAAGGUAGGAAAAAAGCUUUCUCCACGUGCGGUUCCCAUCUGACAGUGGUGGUGGUGUUCUAUGGGUCUCUAUUCUUCAUGUACUUGCAGCCCAAAUCUACUCACUCCUUUGAGACUGAUAAAAUAGCAUCUGUGUUUUACACUUUAGUGAGUCCCAUGCUUAACCCAUUGAUCUAUAGUUUAAGGAACAAAGAGGUAAAAAAUGCCUUCCACAGGGUCUUUAAGAAUCAAUGCAAAUUUUGCAUUUAG